AUGGCAGACGGCGGUGAUUGUGGUAGCGCAAGCUAUAGCUCCGGUGACUGUGGCGGCGGCGACUCCGGCGGUUGCAGCAUAUCCCAUACCGCGGGUGACGGAGGUGACGGCGGCAGCUACUCAGGUGGGGAUUCGGGAACCGAUUACAUCCCACAAGGCUCCUCCUCUUCCAGCCGACCAUUGACAGCCGAGGAGCAAGCGGCAGCGGACCGCAGACUCAGAGAAAAAGAAGAAGAGUGGAAGCGUGAGAAAGCGGAACGCAAAGAGAAGAAGCGACAACGAAGGGCAGUCCGAGCCGAGACCGCUACUGCAGUCAAAGCGAAGCGCCACGAGGCGGCUAAGCUGAAGGAGAAGAUCCACUGUGGAACGACAUCCUCAGGCGAUUGCGGAACGACAUCCGGCUAUUGCGGAGCCGACUCGCGAGGCGAUACUGGAGGUGACGGUGGUGCUGAUUCAGGGAAAGAUUGUGCCGACACGAAAGACAACUCGACUGAACGCGAAUACACGUCCACUGACUUCGCCCCUGGAGCCCAGACAGCCACGACCGGUCCUUCCACUUCGUCCCAGUCGAACACACAACCCGAUACUCGCACACCGGAAGAAAUACAGCAACAACAAGAGCAGAUACAAGCGGAGGUACAAGCGAGCGUACAAAAGUGGGAGAAGAGGAAGGAGAAGACAAAGAAGUUCUUGAACAACGCCAAAACUACUGCUGGGAACAUCAUCAAAGGCAAGUUUUGA